ACAUUACUCAACCAGUUAUCAUCAACGUCAUCCUCCAUCUCUCCCCCUUGUCCAGCCUGUCGGUUUCUAUCGUCUUUGCCCCUCUCUCUCUCUCUCUCUCUCUCUCAAACCAUUUGCAAUCUUCUGCCAGAUUUUAGGAAAAGUCCCAGUUGUCUUGACAGUCCUGCGCUCUCCCUGAAAAUGCUUCUCCAAACUCAAUCUCUAGCCACCCACUUCGCUCCAUCCCUCACUUUUUCAAAACCCAUAACCAAAACCCAAUUCACUCCACCAAAACCAAACCCGUUUCGCCAGUCUCUGUUCCGGGCUCUAAAAUGCUCGCUUUCAGUGGUAUUAGAGCCGAUGCAUUUGGAACUCAGGCGCAAUAAGCCGUUCCCAGCUGAGGUUUCGAGGACAAUUAUGGAGCUGGCGUCAGUGGGAACUCUUUCUACUUUGACCGAAGAGAAUUGGCCUUUGGGUAUUGGCGUACGCUUCGCUGUCGACGAAGAAGGGACUCCAGUUUUGUGCUUGAAUGCUUCCAAUAGGCAGUUCUCUAUUGACAAAAGGUCCAGUCUCCAUGUUCAGCAGUUAGAGCAAUGUGGACUGAGGACGACUCAGUGCACAAUUCAAGGCAGCCUUGACAAACCAGAAGACAGGAUGGUCUUGAAGUGUAUUGGGUGCUUCUUAAAUCGAUUCUGGAUGUAUUGGGUUGUUGGCAUCCAAAGCUCAGGUGACGAAAGAAGAUUUGGCUUGGAAAGCUGCUCCACCAUGUUUGAUGUGGACUUUAUGGCUGGUGAAGGUCAAUUGAGUUUUGAAGGGCUUGACCCGUUUUUACAUGAUGUUUCUCUACUUUCUGUUGAAUGCUGGUUAUCUUUUAAUCAGCUGCAUUCCUUAUGGAAAAAGAGGUUUGGAGAAGAAGUUGAUGAAGACCUUAUAUAUGUUGUUGCUGUGGAACGGGUACUUCAGAUAGAAAACUUCGAGGAUUGUGUAUGGGUCACUUCAUCAGAUUAUAAAAAUGCACAGCCUGACCCUCUUCGCGACUUUGCAGAAAAGCUAGUGAAUGACAUAAACACAAAUAACAUGGAAGAUGUUAAUCGCUUUUGCAACAUAUAUGUUGAUUUGGACUUCCAGGUGUCAGAGGCAAAGGUGAUAUGGGUUGAUCGGUUAGGCUUUGACAUGCGGCUCUUCUCUCCUCAGAAAGGUGUGUUUGAGGCCCGCGUUCCUUUUCCAAGCGAAGUGAUGGAUGAAAAGGGUGCCAAGUCAACAUUUAAUUGCAUGUCGCAACUGGCUUGGGAGGUGGAAAAAAAUUUUCAUGUCCUCGACUUUCAAAAGGUGAAACAAUUGAAGCAAAUAUCAUAGGUUGAGCUUGUUAUUUUCCCUUUUUCAAUUUGUUAAGGCUUCAACAUCAGCAUGUUUUCCAUUUCUCUUCCAUUGCCAAUUUCACAUUUUAAAACUGGUGAAUGACCGACCAACCCAUCUUAGGUAUCA